GGAUGCAAAAAUCUGAGGUAAAGAAUGUUCAAGUGAAAGAAGGAGUUAGCAGGACAGGGGUGUGGAAGGCAGCUGGUGAGAGAGAUGGUCCAAGGUAAAGGAUUGUACAGGUGUCAUAUAUGUUAUUGUCCUCAUCCAGCUGUUUUCCCACCCCUGGAUUUGUUGGAUGACUCCUCGAACAGUGAAGGUAGAAACACAUUCCACAGCCAUGUGAAUUCCAGCUUCAGAGAAAGCUGCUGCAAAGAGGACCAGAGCUUCCAACGAUGUUCUCCAGAAGAUCAAGUUAGUACAGACGUCCAGCAUCGUGGAGCCUCUUCUAUUUCACAACCAAGUAUAUCUCAUGGUCAUAAAACACCUUACUCCCCUGUAACACGUAAAGUCAAUUCAGCCAAAGCAAGUAGAAGGUUAUCAUCUGUAUCAAGUCCAUCUUUCUCUGAAAGAAGAUGUUCUUUAUUUGUUGGAUUUCAAAAAAGAAAUGCUUCCCCUUACUGGCAACAAAGUAGAGCUAACUUUGAUUCUGAAGAAGACACAAGCUUCACUGAUUUAAAAUCUUCCUCAGACCAUUUUGGUAGCUUUAUGUCCCGCAGAAGACGUUUCUUAUCCCGUAAACUAAGUAUAGUUUCCUAUUACAACAGUGCCAAUUCUUUUGAUCCUCAAGCAAGUGGCCAGAAUGUGUUUAAUCUAAAUGAAAUUGAAAUCUUUUCUAAAAUUUCAAGUAAUACUGAUGCUAAAAAACAUAACCAUCUCUGCUCCUGAAUAUAACACUAAAAAUUUUAAGAAUUUUGAAACAAAUGCUACUUCUCCAGCCUUUGGGAACACUAUUGAUACAGCCUCCUAUCAACAAAGCACAUCAUCCUUCUUUUCUCUUGCAAGUGAUAUUUCCUCUCUCGAUCAACAAAAUGGAAUUGCCACUGAUAUUCAACAAAGGGGCCAAUUUUGUAAAGAUUUAAAAGAUUUCCUUCAUCCUGGUACUGAAAGUUACAGCACAGAUCAUUCUCCAGUCAUGAUUCCACAGCAUCCCUCUCAAAGUGGAACUUUCCUAUUCCUCCAUAAAGCUGGAUUUUCUUCAUCUAAUAAAAAUUCUGGUUGAUUUAUCCCACCUCAAAGCGAAUUAACUUCAGGCCCGUUUGAAGAUGAAGACUUUGCUGUCUUGUUUCAAGAUGAAGACAGAUCUUCACCUAUUGAAAUUCCUAAAAUAAGGUCACCUCAGACUUUACCCUCCUUAGAAGGGCACCUCAAAUAGUUUUCCCACCAGCCACUUUCAGUCUGUAGAAUUCAUUUCUCAUAACUCCCGUUUCCUCACCAAGCUUCACUGCAUUUUCUGAAAAAGAUUCCUACAUUGCAGCAUAAAUUUAAUUGCUGUAGUUUUGAAAGUUAGUUUACUGAUGUUAUUGGAGUAUGGAAGUCAAAGGUGAUUUUGUUUCAAGCUUUUUUCAAAUUUACUGCUUGAAGAUGGGCUAAUCUCAGAUUUCUGAGUAACUAUUAUAAUACUUUUGUGGUCUGAAAAUAA